AUGGCCGAUGCAGAGCUAGAAGAGAUCAGACGAGCUCGUCUCGCGCAACUCCAGCAACAGGGCGGCUCACGAGGGGCUCCGUCGGAGGGCAGCCAAGAUGACCAGAGAAAGCAAGCUGAAGAAGCCGAACGUCGUGGUACGAUUCUAAGCCAGAUCCUCGAGCCGGAAGCCGCCGAUCGUUUAGGCCGAAUCCGCCUUGUCAAGGAGUCGCGCGCCACAGACAUCGAGAACCGGCUUAUCAUGCUCGCACAAACGGGCCAGCUACGACAGAAGGUCACAGAAGAACAACUCAAGCAGCUCUUGAAUGCGGUCGCGGAGAAUCAGCGCAAGGACGAGGAGGAACAAAAGAUCGUGAUCCAGAGGCGGAAAGGCGGCUGGGACGAUGACGAUGAUCUGUUGGAUCUGUGA